CCUCACCACUCAGUCACAAUGGCGACAUUCGUGAAGCGCAGCAGCAGCAGCAGCCAAGGACUCUUCCUGCUUGCAUUGGUUCUUCUGGCAUUCUCUGCCAUUCCUGCACCCAUCAGCGGUCAGAGUAGCAUAGACGGCAGGAAGAGCAAGAUGAUGGUCGUCGGCGGCGACAACAAGGCGAUCAUCCACGACGACAAUGACUUGCUCAACGGAUGUCACUAUAACCAGAAUCCCCAUGAUCUGUCGGCGCUCUUCUGCUGUAGCAAGGACAACCUGUGCUGGCCAUCGGCGCCGGAGUGCGCCGCCAACUGCCCCUGCAAGACCAACUGCGUCUAGACGUUUCUAAACUC